AGAUAUAAAGAAGACUUCGAGAAGAUGAAGGGACAGAGUCUGUUUGUUCCCGGAGCCGAACUCAUCCACGCCAAGAACAUCAGCGCUGUGAUCUCUGAGUCUAAGUAUAAGGAGGAGGGGAAGAAGGAGGCGGCUGUUUCUCUGUACUCCAUCCUGCCGGAGACUCCGGAGACGCAACAUGCCAGAGAGGCUUCAGAGCUGCAGAGCGAGAUUAAAUACAAAGGAAACGUGAAGACGAAGAUUUCCUCGUCCCUUUAUUCUCUGCUGCCAGAAACCACAGAGACCCAGUUUGUCAAAGAGCUGUCUGAGAUACUGAGCGAGAACAAGUACAAGGAGGAGGGAAAGAAGGAGAUGAGCAGCAGUUUGUACUCUCAGCUUCCAGAAACCACCGAGAUGCAGCUCGCCAAGACCGUCCACGAGUUCCAGAGCGAGAAAAAGUACAAAGAAGACGGGAAGAGGAAGGCCUCCAUCUCCAUCUACUCGCAGCUCGCUGAUACUCCAGAAAUACAGCACGCUCUGGAGGUGUCACAGCUGCAGAGCGAGGUGAAUUAUCGCCCUAAGACGAUGGUCAGAGGAGCUCCCGCCUCUCUCUACUCGCAGCUGCCCGACACCACAGAGAUCCAGUUUGCCAGAGAGAUGACUGAGAUGCACAGCGAGAGUAAGUACAAAGAGGGCGGCAGGAGGAGCCUCUCCCAGAGUUUCUACUCUCAGCUCCCAGAAACCGCCGACACCCAGUUUGCUAAAGCAGUUGCUGAGCUGCAGAGCGAGCGGCGCUACAAAGAGUCGGGGAAGAAGGGCGUGAACUCGUCUCUGUACUCUCUGCUCCCGGAAACGCUGGAGACGGCUCGCGCCAGGGAGGUGUCGGAGCUGUGCAGCGAGGUGAAGUAUAAAGAAGACGGUAAGAAGGAGAUGAACAUCAGCCUGUACUCUCUGCUGCCCGAGACCAUCGACACGCAGCACGCCAAGCAGCUGUCAGACCUGCAGAGUGAGGUGAAAUAUAAAGAAGGUCUGAAGCAGAAGAUUCAGAGCAGUUUGUACCAUCAGCUCCCAGAGACCACAGAGACACAGCUGGCCAAACAGCUGUCUGAGCUGCAGAGUGAGCUGAACUACAAGGCCGACCAGAAGAAAACUCUUUCCUGCAGCCUCUUCCACCUCCUGCCAGAGACGUUGGAGACGGCUCACGCCAAAGAAGUCUCCGAGCUGCUCAGCGAGGUGAAAUAUAAAGAAGACGGUAAGAAGGAGAUGAACAUCAGCCUGUACUCUCUGCUGCCCGAGACCAUCGACACACAGCACGCCAGAGAGGUGUCAGACCUGCAGAGUGAGGUGAAAUAUAAAGAAGGUCUGAAGCAGAAGAUUCAGAGCAGUUUGUACCAUCAGCUCCCAGAGACCACAGAGACACAGCUGGCCAAACAGCUGUCGGAGCUGCAGAGUGAGGUGAAAUAUAAAGAAGAUGGAAGGAGGAAGGCGAGCGGAUGCCUGUAUUCUCUGCUGCCUGAAACUCUGGAGACGCAACACGCUAAAGAGGCCGCAGAGCUGCUCAGUGAGAUUAAAUAUAAGGAGGGCGGGAAGAAGGAGAUGUCCAGCUCGCUGUACUCCACUCUGCCCGACACAUCAGAAACCAGCUUCGCCAGAGAGAUGAGCGACGUGCUGAGCGAGAUUAAAUACAAAGAGAGCGGGAUGAAGAGCCUGUCUAAGAGCGCCUACAGUCAGCUACCAGAGACCGCCGAGACGCAGUUUGCCAAAAAUGUUGCUGCGCUGCAGAGCGAGAGCAAGUACAAGGAGGCUGGUAAAAAGGAGGCGAACGCCUGCCUGUACUCCCUCCUGCCUCACACCAUGGACACGCAGCACGCGAAAGAAGCUGCAGAGCUGCUGAGUGAGGUAAAAUACAAAGAGAGCGGGAAGAAGGAGAUGUCCAGCUCGCUGUACGCCACUCUACCCGACACUUCAGAAACCAGCUUCGCCAGAGAGAUGAGCGACGUGCUGAGCGAGGUAAAUAAAACAUCAAAGUAUCCCACAGUCACGGGACGACGACCAGAGCAGAAUCUAAAACCACUUCAGAGGAGAAACAUGAUGGAAAGUCAUCAAAACGUUUGUGUUGCAGCUGAGCACCAGCAACUGAAGUACAAGCAGCCUUUAAAGAAAGAUGGGCCCAGCCUUUACCACCUGAUGCCAGAAACCAACGACACACAGUUUGUUCGUCAGCAGACAGAGAUGCUGAGUGAGGUCAAGUACAAAGAAGAUAUGAAAGAGAUGAGUUUCAACUUGUACUCUCUGCUCCCCGACACCCUCGACACCCAGCAUGCUAAAGAGCUGACGGCGAUGCAGAGCGAGGCAAAAUACAAAAAGGCCAGUAAGAAGGACACGUCGACAUCUCUGUACCACCGACUACCUGAAACUCUGGAGACGCAGCACGCUAAAGAGGCUUCCCAGCUACAGAGUCAGGUCUCAUAUAAAGAGGCUGUGAAGAAGUACAUGUCAUGUCCAGUUUACCACCUGCUCCCUGAUACUCUGGAGACCCAGUUUGCCCGAGAGGUCGCCGACCUGCAAAGCCAAAAAAGGUACAAGGAGGGGAUGAAGAGCAUGUCUCAGAGUUUCUACUCUCAGCUGCCUGAAACCGCUGAGACAAAGUUUGCUAAAGCGGUGUCUGAGCUGCAGAGCGAGACAAAGUAUAAGAAGUCAGGGAGGCAGGAGACCAGCAGCAGUUUGUUCUCUGUGAUGCCCGAAACUCUGCAAACUCAGCACGCCAAGCAGGCCUCACAGAUACAGAGCCAGGUGAAGUACAAAGAGGACGGGCAGAAGGAGCUGUCGUCCACUUUGUUCUCCAGCCUUCCUCAAACCCUGCAGACUGAGCGGGCCAGAGACGUGACGGAGCUGCAGAGUCAGGUGAAAUACAAGGAGGCCUGUAAGAAGGAAACGUCCUCCUCGCUCUUCCACCUCAUGCCUGAAACACCAGAGAUGCAGUUUGCCAAGCAGAUGUCGGAGAUCCAGAGCGUGGCAAAGUACAAACAGGACAAAGAGGAUCUGCCCAACACUUUGUACUCGCUGCUGCCCGAAACUCUGGAGACUCAGUUUGUUAAAGAGAUGGCUGAGACGCACAGCGAGGUGAAGUACAAGCAGGCAGGUAAGCAGCACACGGCGUCGUCUCUUUACUCCAAACUGCCCGAAACUCUGGAGACCAAACGCGUCAAAGAAGUGACUGAACUUCAGAGUGAAAAAAAGUACAAAGAUGAAGGCAGGAAGGAGAUGAUGUCGCCUCUGUACGCUCAGCUGCCUGAAACCACAGAGACCCACUUUGCCCGGGAGAUGAGUGAAAUCCUGAGUGAGAACAAAUAUAAGGAAAGUGGGAAGAAGAGCCAGACUGUCAGCGUGUAUUCCCAGCUGCCACAGACCAACGAAAUCCAGUUUGCCAAAGCUGUAUCUGAACUACAGAGUGAGAGCAAAUAUAAAGAAGCAGGGAAGAAGGAAGCGUCCAGCUCGCUGUACUCGAAGCUGCCCGAGACUCUGGAAACUCAGCACGCCAAAGAGGCGGCACAGCUGCAGAGUCAGGUGACGUAUAAACAGGACGGUAAGAAGGAGGCGAGCAGCUCUCUGUAUCAUCAGCUACCUGCAACCACAGAGACACAGCUGGCCAAAGAGCUGAGAGAUCUCUGCAGUGAGGUGAGAAACACAGAGACACAGUCUGAAUGUGAAAGUGUCCCUGCUGUUAAAUACAAAGAAGCAGUGAAGAAAGAGGCCAGCAGCUCUCUGUAUCACCAGCUCCCCGAGACUCUGGAGACGCAGCGUGCUAAAGAGGUUACUGAGCUGCAGAGCGAGAACAAGUACAAGCAGAGCGGGAAGAAGGCAAUGUCGUCCAGUUUGUACUCUCAGCUGCCGCAGACGGCCCAAACGCAGCUCGCCGCCAAGAUGUCCGACAUGCAGAGUGAAUGUAAAUACAAGGAGAACGGCAUCAAGAGCCUCUCUCAGAGUCUCUACUCGCAUCUACCAGAAACAGCCGAGACUCAGUUAGCACGAACUGUGUCUGAGCUGCAGAGCGAGGCCAAGUACAAGGAGGCGAGCAGAAAGGAGGCGACCAGCUGUCUGUACCAUCAGCUGCCUGAAACACUGGAGACUCAGCAUGCUAAAGAGGCUACGGAGCUACAAAGUCAGGCCAAGUACAAGGAGGUGAGCAGAAAGGAGGCGACCAGCUGUCUGUACCAUCAGCUGCCCGAAACACUGGAGACUCAGCAUGCUAAAGAGGCUACGGAGCUACAAAGUCAGGUGAAAUACAAGGACGGUAAGAAGGAGCUGAGCACCAACCUGUACUCGCUGCUGCCUGAGACAGAGGAGAUCAAGUUUGCUAAAGCAGUGACGGAGCUGCAGAGUGAGUCAAACUACAAGAAGGACAAAGAGGAUCUGCCCAACACUUUGUACUCGCUGCUGCCUGAAACUCUGCAGACUCAGUUUGUUAAAGAGAUGGCUGAGACGCACAGCGAGAAUAAAUACAAAGAGGCGGGUAAGAAGGAGAUGGUGAAGUGUCUGUACUCUCUGCUGCCCGAGACCAAAGAAACUCAGCAUGCCAAGGAGCAGAGCCAGCUGCACAGCGAGAAAGCUUACAGGGAGGAGAGCAAGAAAGAAGCCGGCUGCAGUCUCUAUGCCCAGAUGCCCCAAACCAUCGAGACCGUGUUCGCCAAAGAGCUGAGCAAGACACAGAGCGACAAGCUCUACAAGGAGAAAUAUAAUCGGGAGAAGGGGAAGUCCAGCUACACCAACAUGAAGACGCUUCCUGAGGUGGAGCACGCCAUGGAGGUCAACAAGAAGCAGAGUGAACUCAGCUACAGGAAAGGUAAAGAGGAGCUCCAUCACUACAACGUGACCUAUAAGAGUAAUACUAAGCAGCCCGUCUACAGUGACGAGUCUCUUCUGGCCAGAACCGACAUCCAGCACGCCAAAGAGGUCUCAAAACUGGCCAGCCAGGUGAAGUAUAAGGAGAGCUUUGACAGGCAGUUAAAACCUCAGUACAACCCGCUGGAGUGUGUUUCCUUCAAACAAACGCAGGCUGCUGCUGCUCUGGCCAGUCAGGUGAAAUAUAAAACCAACCAGAACCAGAAACCAGAUGGUUCUUCCGACCUCCCGAACCUCCUGCAGCUGGAGCACGCCCUGCACGCCACCAAGCUUCAGAGCAAUGUAGAGUAUAAGAAGAAGUACGAGCAGACCAAGGCUCAUUACCACACAGCUCUGCACACGGCUGAACAGCUCCACCACAAGGAGAACGCAGUGCUGCACAGCCAGGUCAAGUACAGAGAGGAGUAUGAGAAGAACAAAGGUCGCUCCCUGAUGGAGUUCGGAGACACUCAGACCUACAAGGUGUCCAAGGAAGCACAGAAGAUGCAAAGCGAGAAGGAAUAUCGGAAGGACUAUGAGGAGCAGAUGAAGGGCAAAGCCUUGGUGGACGUCGACCAGACGCCUGGAUACCUGACUGCGCGCCAUGCUAGCAGCCUGCUGAGCGAGAAAGAGUACAGGAGGGACCUGGAGCAGGAGGUGAAGGGGCGGGGCUUAUCUGGUGUUGGUCUUGAAGAGACACCUGAGCUGCUGAGGGUCAGAAAAGCCAAUCAGAUACUGAACCAGAAGGAGUACCGCAAAGAUCUGGAGAGGGAGAUUGUGGGGAAAGGCAUGGAGCUGAGUGCUGAUGUGCUGGACAUGCAAAGAGCCAAGAGAGCCUCGCAGAUCCAGAGCCAGAAGUCGUACAAGCAGACGGAGCAGCUGAGAGAACACUCAUACGGGUCGGUUACAGACACGCCUGAGCUGCUGCACCUGCGAUACUGCUGGGACUCAAAGAUGAUGAGAAACCUGACGUCAUCGGUCACAGAGACGCCAGAGAUCGUCCUCGCCAGAGAGAACGCCAAGAAGAUCAGUGACGUGCGGUACAGGGAGGAGGUGGGUUGUGGCACCGCCGUCAUGGACACACCUGAGAUGGAGCGAGUCCGACGUAACCAGGAGAACAUCAGCUCAGUCAAAUACAAGCAGAGUGCAGUGAAGGCCACCAGUGUUGGAGUGACUCCAGAGCUGGAGAGAGUCAAGCAAAACCAGGAGAACAUCAGCUCGGUGAAGUACCAGCGCGGGCUGCAGGAGGUGAGGGGGCGGAGCUGCAAUGAGCUGGACACACCUGAGUACAGACGUGUCAGGAAGACACAGGACUCGGUCUCCAUGGCAAAGUACCACGAGGACUUUGAGCGGGCGCGCGGUCGAGGCUUCACGCCGGGGUUGGACGAUCCCAGCAUGGAGCGCUACCAGAGAGCCAAUCAGAUGAUGGGAGAGGCGGGCUACAACAAAGGCAUGCACCACCAGGUGACAGAGAUGGACAGACGACCAGGAGGCAUCAUCGUAGACCUGAAGGUGUGGAGGGCAGACCCAGGCUCCAUCUUUGACUUUGACCCUCUUGAGGACAACAUUCAGUCCAAAAGCCUCCGCAGGAUGUCUGAGCGAGCUGACCGCAGGCUGAGCAGGCAGCACUCCCAGCAGUCGCUCACCCACAGCCAGGCUCAGUCUGUCAGCUCGCUGACCUCUGACCUCUGGGACCGCGGCAGCGCUGAAACUCCGGCUCCUGUGCUCCCUGGAGCGUACCAUCAGGGCGUCCAGAUGCAGCAGCAGCAGUAUCACGGCUACAUGCAUCAGACCAGCAUGUCAUCUGUCAGAUCUGUCACCUCUCCUCCACACUCAGGCACCAUGCGUGUUUACCGUGCGCUGUAUGACUACGCGGCUCAAGAUCACGAUGAGGUCUCAUUCAGGGACGGCGACGUCAUCAUCAACGCUCAGCCCAUCGAUGAGGGCUGGAUGUACGGCACCGUGCAGAGAACCGGCAAGUCCGGCAUGCUGCCGGCAAACUACGUGGAGUGUUGCAACUAGAGGAGAAGAUGAAGUGAGACGGGGCUGAAAUUCACAGUUACAUCCACCUUCAGCGUUAUAAAAGCAGCGGGUGAUGUUCUUUGCAUUUCAGGGCUCCUUUCUAUUUUCAGUGUUAUGGGAAACAGGAAGGACGGGUGAUCGUUAAGCUGUUCUGGUCAAGUUUAAAAACAGGAAAUUAUGAUUAAAAAAAUACGUUUAAUGGGUUUUAAUUAGACGUGAUGGAUUGCAAAGCUGCAGCUUCUUUGAGAGUAAACACAUCUGCUCAACAGCCAAUCAAAGAGCAGUUUCUGCACUUAAAGGUGGAGGAAACUGACCAGGAUGCAGUGCAGCAGAGUAGGGUGGGCUAUGAUUACAGAGGGCUGUCUGAAUGUUUGGGGAAGGCCUUUCCUGUAUCUGAUGGACACUGAUCAGAUCGUCUAUCAGGUCCAUCGCUUAUUGGAAAAUCCAUCUAUUUCAGCUCCAUUCAGGCCUUUUCUACAGUAUCUCCAAAAUUAUUCUUCUUGUUAUGUAAAAUUAGCAUUUAUGUAUAAAAAACUACACAAAAUAUAAUGAAGCACUGUCCAGAAAUAUGUGCAAAGUCAUGGAAAUCAAUUUCCCUUUUUUUGGCACAGCUCUUAAAUAAUUACAUUGAACUCAAAUCUGUAAACUCCUGCAGUUUCAUCCAUGUCAGUCCGACAGCAGCUGCAGAAUCAGCAUCAGCCGUAACCUCGAGGCUCUGGUCACGUGUCAAAGCUACUGUAUGUGGUUUGAAACAGAGUGAAAGUGCAGAAGGAAAGUUUGGGAUCUGAGCUGGAAAUGAACCACAAGCAGCUUCAUGGUUCUUCUUUAGGUGGCACUGAAAUAUAUAUUUUUUAAUUUAGGCAUUAAAAGUUUAAGAAUCUAUUGGGCAGAACUGUCUGGUGUAAAACAAUUAAUAGAUAAAAGAUAGAUAAACCUUUGUAAUUUCACACUAAGCGCUGCAAUGCACUGAACAUCAUGAGUCGGUGAUGUCAGGUAAUAAUUGACCUGAAGGGGAAUUUUCUUUUGAUGAGCGGUGGACAAAGAGGAAAAAGCAGAUGGAGGGAUCAAUCUAGCAUGCUGUCAUGUUUUAUGAGAAUAUAGACGUAGAGGAGCGAACGACAGAAGGAUGCAUGAAGAAAAGCGGUGAGAGAGACUAGAAACAAGUAAAGUGUAACUUUUUAAUCACCUGUGACAAACUAAAAGAGGAAAUGAAGAAGGAAUGAGCAGGAUUCAUCUCAUUUAUAAUACAACAGGAAUUCAGACAAGACUCCUAAACUGCAGCUCUGGGUGUGGUUGUGUUUUUGAUACUGCCAACAACGCCCAGGAAAAGACCACAAAACCUCGUUUCAGCUCCAUAUGUCGAUUAAUCCACAACAAAUUCACUGAAAACUGCUAAUUAGACUCAUAGCUCAUGAUAUGAGUCACUGCUUGGCAAACAAACAGGCUCUGCAGUCAGCUCACAUCGACACGCUGCAGAGGAGAUGCUCCUGAAACAUAAAGGCAACCAAAUCUGAGAAAAGUUCUUACUCGGCUCAUUUUUUAAACAUUCAGAUUACAUUUGUGGCUUUUACCUGCUAUGAAAUGUUUCCGUUUUACAGUUUGCAUUUUUAAUUUGCAUUUUUUUCCAAAAUGUUUUAAGUUUAAAAGACCUUAAAUAACAGAACAAACCAAGAAAAAGAUUACGUUGAUUAUUCCACCCUCACAAGACAAAAUCCCAGAUGAACAAAAACAGAUCAAUAAAAAACCAACAGUCGCUGCUCCAUCGGCAGGUUUCUCCACCCUCAACCAAAUGUCCUCCCAUCAAACGUGGUGUCGCUGUGCUCUGAUCAAACUCACUCACUACAGAGUGGAUCUGAUGGAUUUCCUCAUCUUAUUAAAUUCGUGUUCAGAUGUGAUUAAGACAGUUUUAGUUUUUAUUCUUUAAAAUAAAAGGAAAAUGCUGCCUACAGCUUCCCCCUUAUUCAGACGGGUCCCCACAGCAGGCAGCAGGUUUGUUUGUUCCUGGUUUUGUGUCUGUGGCUGGAGUUGAACUGGGGAUCUUUGUAACUGCUUCACUCUGGCACCACCAGAAUAAAGAAUACAAAUGAAAACUGAAUUCAAAUGUUGGCAUAAUGCAAAUUUGAUAUGAUGUCAACAAGUACAACGAGUUGUCCUGUUUUAAGACCAUUAUUAAGAUGCAUAGAAGAAUAAGUGCUGUAAGACCUCUUACAGUCAGCAGGUGCUCAUCAGGGAGAGACACCCAUGAAACAGACCCCCUACUAUCUGAGGUCUGAGGGACCUCCCAGGAAUGCUGACACUAUUUCCCACAUUCCAGAUGUCUCUUGAUCUCUAAUGUCGAACAUGGAAAAGCCAGGAUUAAACCAAGUUUCCUUGGCUG